GACGUAAGAGACGAUCCCAAAUCAGGUAGAAGGAUGAGAUGGAAACGGGGUAUGACAGCUUGGGCGGCGCAGAGUGGUAGCCAGAUCGGUGGUCCUCUUCAUCGAAUCGGAAGAGGAGAUCUCUAGCGGGUUAGGAGAAUGCAUGAUUGAUACUCAGGGAAACGAUCUCCACGCUGGAGGAUCGACGAAUUGGGCAGAGCGAGGGAGGUUCCCGCUCAUUGGUUUCCACUGCCGUUUCACUGACGGGCGAUGGAGCUCCAGUUGACCGUUUGUCAGGCAUAAAAGCAGAGCAGAGCGCAAUCCAGGCGAUAUAAAAAACGGCUCUCAUGUUACGAGCGGUUCAUCUUCCAUCUUCUACCCCUCGCUUCAUAUGGAAUGAUCAUUUUUCCGCCAUAUCUAGCUAUAUUGAUAGCUUUACAGAAAGCGGAGAAAGAUGUAGAGCUCACUGCCUGUUAGACCAGCUACGUAGAUAGAGCAAAUGAGGGUAAGUUUGGCUUCAAAAGAGGAGGGCAGAGAACAUGGCACGUAAAGCUGCUGGAGAAGAACCACUACCUGAGGAUGAUCCUUCUAAUCCCUUCUUUAAGCCAAUUCCAGAGCCUUCUUGAUUAGAUAGCUUUAUCAUCACUAAUCAGAUUUCAAACUAUUGCAAUCAAAUUAAUGGGACUGGGAAAGAGUUGGAAUAGAAGUUGAAGGAAUCUGGAACAUGAAUGUCUAUCAAGAGACGGGCAUCUGCUCUGAUAGGGUAAAGGAGAACAAUGGGAGAGUAAGACGUUGAGAAUGCCAUGUAGAGCUGGCCUGGUCUCGUUUCCGCUCGUGGAUGAACAAACAGUAAAUCUCAAGAAUGCAAGUGAGGAACCGCUUCGGAGGAGGGGGGUAUUUAUAGAAAAAUCUCCAAUGGUCACUACACGUGGCACCAUAUCAAUGGCCACCUCAGCGGUCACCUUCCCAGCAGCCGAUGAGGUGCCACCCCUUCAGAAAUGGGCCGGGCUCGUGAACCAACGUAUCAGCGGAGUAAAAGCCUACGGAUCACACGGACAAAGAGCGCCCACAACGGCCUAUAUGCUUGCCGGCUUCACAAGUGCCAGCAAGCGCCCACAACGGCCUACACGCCUGCCAAGCUCACCAAUGCCAACACUAAGGAGAUAACUUCGGCCAGGAAUGUCAUGCACACCCAUCGGCCCUCUGUAACGACCCUUGAUGAUAACUCUUUACAUGCGAUCUGUGCACAAGGGUUCUCCCACAGGGUUACCUUGGCCAGAAAAUUGCCAUGAGGGUUGGAUUCAGGGGGACUACGGAGAGGCCGCUUCGGCCAGGGACUCAAGCAACUCCUUCACCCCUCACUCUCUUCGGCCUGAAGCAGUGGGGGACUGGGGGACUACAUCGGCCUCAACAAAACAAAAAGGAAAAAUGCAAAGAACAAUGUAACCACAAAGCAUGGCCACAUCGUCCAUGUAUCACACUGCGCCUCGUCGGCCAAAGGCACAUAACGUCAUCAGCAACGGCCAACUGGCCACCUAAGGCAAGGACAUUCAUCGUCCUCCGCCAACAGUUAAUCAUAAUGGGCUCUUCGGCCAGGAACACGAAAGCCAGUCAGCUACGGCCAAAAGGAGUGCGCAAGCACCCUCACCGGCCACCCAAAGGAAAGGACACCAUCGUCCUCGAAGCAAGGUUCAACCUCAACGGCCUCAUCGGCCCAAAUGUAAACCUCAACCAUCAACGUCCAAGAAAGGGAAAACGUGCCUUCAACGGCCACCAUCGAAGCAGGACUCUCAUCGUCCCCAAACGAACACACCAAGGAAACAACGGCCUCCCCGUCCACAGCGAGGAGCAGGUAACGGCCAAACACAAGAUUACCAAGAUGGAAACAGCGCCAGCGCCGCAACAGCUAACGGCCUGGGAGUGCCCGCAUCGGCCAAAAGCACCAAAGCACGGGAAUCUACUCUCCUUCACUUCGUCUACGUCUCAGCUUAGAGAGUGGGGGACUCCUGAUGGAGUAUAUGGGUCUGAGCCCCCGGACCCACAUACUCAGAAGAACAGAAAGCACAAAACACUGAGUGGCGCCCUCGUCGGCCAAGGGACCCCCGUCGGCCGAAAAGGUGCCAACUCAGAUUAUGGUCCUGAGCCCAAGGAACCCGAGUGCCCUCGUCGGCCGCGCCCUCGUCGGCCGUGCCCUCGUCGGCCACGCCCUCGUCGGCCACAAAGACCUCACAGAAUCGGAUUCUACACUUACCCAUUUGUACAGCCCAUUAGUGGCUUUGUAUUCGGCCCAGUAGCGGUCCA